AUGCGUAACGCUGGACGAGUAACGAAGACAGAGCGAGUCACAGUGGGUACGAGGCUAUGCAUUGGAGCGACAAGGAUGGAGCUACGACGUAAACAAGCUAGUAUCGAAGAGUACCGAAGUGACGAGGCACCGAGCGGCGUAAACACCCGAGAGGCCUGGAUACCGAUCGACGCUGCAGUGCCGCUAUUUUCCAAUACGACGAUCAACAUCGAUGACAGUUGGUUAGUCAGUACUGCAGGAGCAGAGGUGACUAAAAACUGUCGUGAAGGUCCGUUGACUGUUAUACGGACCUAG